AGUUUAUAAUGGUAUUUGGUUCGGCCGUGUUAAAUCGACCUAUGGUAGCGGCUGCCGUGGAAAAACAUUACGAAAAAGUGUUGGAUCUACUCGACCAAGAUUUGGCCCAGGAGCUUAAAAUUAUCGACCGUCUAUCAGGAACGGCAAUGGUUACCGAAAUUGAGAAAAGUGACUAUUACGAAACGCGUUUCAUACCAGAAGAAAUGGAUCUAGAGUACCCACUCGUUGCUAGAGCAAUGAUGUGGGGAAACUCACGGUUAAAUAAUCGAUUGUUGGAAGAUUUAAACGUUAUUCGGUCUUUUGACUUGCCAAUCAUGAAAACUCCAAGAGGAGAUCAAAUCAAUAUAAAGUCUGAACAAUUAAAGGAUAAAUUUAAAAAUUAUUUAAGUCCUAUAAUUGAGGAAUGGAAGCGUGUUGUACCACUACAGAUACAAGACAAAAUAGUACAACCACUAUUCACGAUUAACAAAAAUAACAUAAUCAGUCUAAACUUUUCUGAAGAAUUGGAUGCAGCAAUAAAAGUAACCAGAUAUAUAAUACUCUGUAAUUACAAUUUCAAAAAUCCAAUAUUGACGAUUGAAACAGAUGACAUACCCUACGAAGCAAUUAAGCUCUAUAAACGAGAAAAACUGAUUUUGGAGUAUAAAAGAGAUAUUGAAGAAAUCGUUAAAUGGUAUAAUAUGCUGAGAACUGAAACACACCCUACAGAAUUACAGUUAAUUAUUCAAGAAAUCGAGAAUAUUGAUAACCUUAUUGAUGAUGCUCAAAAGUAUGUUACGUGGAAUACGGAAGAUAUUGUUUACUCAAGUGAAAAUGAUUUGCACGAAGAAACAUAUACAGAAAGUGAACAGUUUAUGUCACCAGUAUCGUUACAAAAUACAAUUAGCACUAUUCAUAGUUUAACUAAAAAUGUUUAUGAGCGUGUAAUUCAAACUCACGAAAAUUUUCAAAAAAUAAUUACCCUGAGUAGUCAAUGGAAUAAUAAGCCAAUGUAUGUGCGUGAUAAGAAUACAAAUCGUAUAACAUUUGACAAUAAGUUGACUGAAAAGAAAAUCGCUAGGUACGCCGAAGUGCGUGACGCGAGUAUUGAGAUACAACAAUUGCUUAUGGAAGAUCUUUUAUUAUUUCACAAUGUGCCAUUAUUGGAUCCAAAUUUGGAAACUGUCUUAGAAGAAAUGGAAGAAAAAAUAUUAGAUGGAGAAGUAGAAGAAGUAGAAGGCAAAAAAUAUGGAGAAGAAAUAGAAGAAAUAUUAGAUGAAGAAGUAGAAGGCAACAACUAUGGAGAAGAAACAAUAGACGAUGACGAAAUAGAAAUUCAGACUGAUACUAUUUUAGAAGAAUUUAUUGAAGGAGAAGUAGAAGAAGAAUAUUACGGGGAACAAAAACAAGAUUACAUACAUAUUCAGGCAGAAAUUAUUUUAUCGAACAUUGAAAGAAAGUUAAUGUGGGAUAAAUAUAAACUCUUUGUUGAUGAAAUAGUAUUUACUGAGUUACAAGAUGCGACUCUUUGCAGGUAA